UGAUCGACGACCACCACGACCAACUUCAGGGUCACCAGCACUUCAAUUCCUCGCCAUAGAUGUCUCAUGGGCUAAACAAGAUCACUGUUGAGCGGAACCAACGGGCUGUCCUCGAGUUGGCGAGCCAACCUGGAAAUGAUGUCUGUGCAGACUGCAAGGCGAGGAACCCGCGAUGGGCAUCACAUAACCUGGGUAUCUUCAUAUGUAUGAAUUGUGCGAGCGUGCACAGAAAGAUCGGCACACAUAUAUCCAAAGUAAAGAGCCUUACCAUGGAUAUGUGGACCAAGGAGCAAGUGGAGGUGAUGAGGAGCACCGGUAACAUCAAGUCUAACGCGUACUUCAACUCGGAUGAGAGACGCAAUCCUCCACCGACCAACAUGGUCGACGCAGAACGGGAUAGUGAACUUGAGAAGUACAUCCGAGCGAAGUACGAAUACAAGCUAUUCAUUUCGCGCUCGGUACAAGCUGCUGCCCUUCUCGGUCCCUCUCAAUCAUCCACGAGCAGGCUAGCUCAUGUGCCACCGAUUCGCUCACAAACUGUACCCGCCCUGCCGAUAUCUACAUCGUCGCCCUUGUCUAGCACUCCUCCUCCUCUUCCGCCAAAGACGACCGUCGCUGAGCAAAUGCCUGCAACGAACAACUUCAACUUUCCGAGCGCUACUAUGUCUCCUCCACAAUGCAGACCAGUAUCGCAGCCAGUUGUGAAUGCAUCGUCGCCGUUUAAUCUCCAACAGCAGGCUCCAUCGACAAGUACCUCGACAUGGGAUCCCUUCAAAUCCCUCCAAACAUCGACACCGACGUCGAGCCUUCCACUACAGUACACGCCUUCUCCUACGAGCCUUUCGACAAGCACCGCGUCCCGGCCCUUCCAGGCUACUGUCACGCAAGGCGCAGCAGCCACCAAUCCCUAUAGCUCGCUAUCCGGAGCUUCGACAACACCGUUUGCAUCUUCUCUCUCCAUGAACAACUUGUCGGGACACACUCCUAGCACCAUCGGACGUAGCAUGAGCCUUAGCACCGGACUUCAGGUCAACAACACCAUGGGCUACCAGAACGUGAACCCCUUCCAGAACGCACAGACUGGCGCUGGGUUCUCGGCACCGGUGCUCACUCCUGGCACGGCACCAAGACCGAACCCGUUUGCACAGCAGGCCUUCACGGGAAGCACGUCGGGUAUGGGUGGGCUCGCGAUGCAGAUGCAAACACAGCCCUCCAUGCCAUUCACAACGUCGACUUACGCGUCGCAAUCCUCGCCAUUCGGUCAACCAGUCUCUCAGCAGUCCCAAGGUCAGCUACAAAUGCAGAUGCCGUCAACGUCGUCCAUGUUCCAGCCGCAGUCCACUAGCCAGAUGCAAAUGCAGAUGCCGAUGCCAGCGAACCCAUUCGUACAACUUCAGCAGCAACAGCAACAACAGGUGCACACGCCGUUCGCGACCCAGCCUCCCUUUACAAUGGGCACACCGUCGCCUUUCGGCCAGCCUCAGAUGCAACAGCAGCAGACACCCGGCGCGUUCAAUCCGUUCGCCGCUGGAGCAGGAUGGCAGGGUGGGUUCGCGGGGCAGCAGAGGAACGGGAUGUGAUAUACACAUAUAUGUUACAUAUGGCACAGAUACUAUACAGGGAGACUACAGAUCUGUUACUAGGCAUAAGAUACCGUAGUAGUAUUCCGGUUAAUCUAUCAUGAGUACCUGCUGGCGGG